AUGGCGUCAACUGUCACAGUAAAAGCCAUGUCUCUUACGAGGGCUGAUCCGGGUCUCGAUGCUUUUCCAGAUGAACUUCUGCUCCAGAUUCUUGGACAUCUAGAUUAUCCUUUCCUACUGGCUCUCUCUAGACGCAAGCUUGAACUAGAGAAGUUCAAGGAGGGUAUGCGAGCAUGGCUUGAGAAGAAGGCUCGGGCGAUCAAGAAGCACAAGUCACAUGUGGGAGACGUUGGUAUUCUG